AUGAACAAUCUCCAAGUACUCGGCACCAAGCACACUACUGGCGUCCAAAGCCUUAGUUACCCUGAAUCGGAAGUGCUAGUUGUGUAUACGCAAAUUAUCCACAACCAAAUCACCCCCAUUUUUUUAUUUUCUGGGAUAGGCUCAGCAUGUGUGGCCGGAUCAGAGACUCGCGGGCUUAUACGUCGGUAUCAAGGGCAGAAAGUAGCCUAUGAUAUCCUCACCGGAAGUCACCGUAUAGAUGGAUCCUCUCUGACAAAACUCGCCGCAAGGGGCUCUGCGCGCUGCAAUGCUGCAUGCAUUGCCGUUGCUCUCUGCAGUGGAAAGGCUUGUGGCAAGGAACCAGGCUCAUCCGCAGUGCAUUGA